AAAUCUCUCCAUCUCUCUCUCCUUCUUUUACUCAUCCUUUUAAAGACUUUCCCUCUCUGUCUCUCCAAAAAAAACAAACUCUCUUCUUUCUCUCUCUUAACACCAAACCCUAAAUAAACCCCAUUCGCCCCUCACCACCUCUAUUGCAUGUUCGUUUCAUCUUUCCCUCUCUCCUUCUCGCCCUCUCUUUAUAUCUUCUGUCUCUGUUUCCGUUUCCUUCUCCAACCAAAACUGAUAAUACAGAGCAUACAAAGAGAGAAAGAAAUCCAUUUUCAUGGCCGUUGAAGCCCGCUAUCUCAAUCUCUUUCCUUCCCAACUAAUCGGGAACAGAGAACUGAUGAACGCCAUUGGAAAUAACACUAAUAUCUACAAUACCCAGAUGGGUUUGGGUGCUCUUCCGUUCUCUACAACCACAACAACAGCAGAAAUGCUUCUUCCUUUCUACAACUCCUCUGUUAUGGUUGAUCCAGUUCCUGCAACAACCACCACCCUGAAAGCAGAUAGUGGUCUCACUUACAACAAUCUCCCCAUCUCUGUCUCUAGAAAACGUUCUAGAGAUUCAUAUGAUCGCCUUACCCUGUACACCAAAAGACACCACAACAACAACAACAACAACAACAAUCGGAGUAGUUGCAACAGUGUUGCUCCUCUGUCUUUCCUCGGUGAAGACAUUACAUUUCAGAUCCAACAGCAACAAUUAGAGAUUGACCGCUUCGUUGCCCAACAUACAGAGAAGGUUCGGAUAGAACUUGCAGAGCGAAGGAAACGACAUUCGAGAAGAUUAAUGGUGGCUCUUGAAGAAAGGAUUUCGAAGAGAUUGAAAGCCAAAGAAGAAGAGAUCGAGAACAUUGGGAAACUGAAUUGGGUUCUCGAAGAAAGAGUGAAGAGUCUGUGUUUAGAGAAUCAGAUAUGGAGAGAUUUGGCACAAACAAACGAAGCCACAGCCAACGCGCUUCGCAGCCACCUCGAACAGGUGAUAGCGCAGGCUAAGGACGACUGCCAACGUGGCGCACGAGAGGACGAGGCAGCAGCAGCAGUGGCUGACGACGCUGCAUCGUGCUGUGGGAGCAGUGGUUACGGUGCGGAAGACGAGGAAGUUGGCAGCCUGCGCACGUUAGUAGAUACCGCUGGAGGAGAGAGAAGCAAUUGUGGUGGUGGCCGGAGUAAGAAAAACGGUGGUGGUGGUGAGAUGAGUGGGAACAGAUGGUGUAGGAAUUGUGGGAAGGAGGAGUCGUGCGUGUUGUUGCUACCGUGUAGGCAUCUUUGUCUCUGCACCUUCUGUGGGUCCACCCUCCACACCUGCCCCAUAUGUAAAUCCAACAAAAACGCCAGUGUGCAUGUUAACAUGUCCUCUUCAUGAGAUACAAAGAAAUUGUCAAAAAUAGAAAAAAAAAAAAAACAAAAUUUAGAAACCCCAAAA